AUGGGUCAAGAACAAAGUCAAACAAGAAUAUCUCAAAAUCAGCCGGUUUCUGGUCAAAAUUCAAAACCGAAUCUAUCCACAUCUGCUCCUGCUCCAAUUCCAUCAAAAAUUCAACAAAGUUCAUCUUCAACUUCACAGCAAUCAACAUGGUGGAAUUGGAAUCCGCUUUCAUCAUCAUCUUCAAGUUCAUCAGCUCAAAUUAAACCGAGUGAAGUGAAAAAGGUAUUGAAAGUUUUCGAAUUUGGAUAGGAAAAAAUAAUUUUUCAGAAAGAUGAUAGUGUAUAUGAGCCGGUUCCAAGUUUCAGCACAAAAUUACCACCUCCACCACCAACUCUAAAAUAA